AUGGCAUCUUCUUCAUCCACAACCAAAGUUACCCUCAAGCUUCUUAUUGACACCAAGAAUCAAAAAGUUCUGUUCGCCGAAGCAUCUAAGAAUGUGAUUGAUUUUCUCUUCAACUUACUUCGCAUACCUGUUGGCACAGUCGUAAAACUGCUAACCAAGAAUGAAAUGGUUGGUAGCAUUGGAAAUCUCUACAACAGUGUUGAAAACAUGAGCGAGAAUUACAUGCAAAUAGGGCAAACCAAGGACGUUCUUUUGAAUCCAAGAACUCCCUCUGAAAUUUCUGGCCUUCUCACUGCAAAUGAUGCAGAUACUAACAACAGCGUUGGAGCUGAAGGAACUUUGUUUUACAAAUGCCCAAGUAACUGUACUUUUGAUGUCACAUGUGAUAGCGCAACUCCUUGUUCUAAUUGUAAGCGACCUAUGAACAGUCUCACUCGUUAUGUUGGAAAGAAGGUGGUUGGUGAUAACACUUUGAUUCAGAAUGGAUUUGUGAAAGAUGUUAUAACAUUCAUGGUGAUGGAUGAUUUGGUGAUAGAACCCAUGUCAACAAUAUCUAGUAUCACAUUGCUGAACAAGUUCAAUAUCAAAGAGGUUGGUACCUUGCAGGAGAAGGUUGUUGAAAUGGGGAUGGAUGAGGGCAUCAAGUUGCUCAAGGCUUCACUGCAAUCCAAGAUGGUCUUGACAAGUGUUUUCCUCAAGAAAAAGAUAUGA